AUGAGAUAUGGAGGUUGCCGACUCACCGAACGAAAGCCCAGGCUGACCUCGUGUCUAUAUCGAUCCUUCUCUUCAAGAUCCCGACCGACUCCUCCGUCUUUCCGCACCCAUGACCCUCCGACGCCGCCUGCGAGACGGGCAUUCACGCAAGCGUCGAGCAGACCUACACAGAGCUCGCCCUCGCUGCCUGCGCGAACAUGGUCAAACCCUCUGGCCAAGACCAUCGCGCAGGCGAUCGAGGUGACGGGACCGAUAUCGAUCGCCUCAUACAUGCGGCAAUGCCUCACCAACCCCGAUGGGGGAUACUAUACGAAACGUCUGCCAACCUCCAGUGACGCCGACCAGUUCGGCUCAGCCGGCGACUUCAUCACCUCGCCGGAAAUAUCGCAGAUCUUCGGCGAGCUAGUCGGAAUAUGGUUCAUGACCGAGUGGAUGGCACAGGGACGGCCAAGUGCGGGUGUCCAGUUCAUUGAAAUGGGACCCGGUCGCGGAACACUGAUGAGUGAUGUUUUGAGGACGAUUGGGCAGUUCAAGACGUUUGCGAACGCUAUAUCCGCAGUCUGGCUCGUCGAGGCGGGAGACGGGCUGCGGAAGAGGCAAAAGGACCUGCUUUGCGGAGAAACGACCGCGCUCAACGAGGUUCGCGAUCCAUCAGGGAAGAACGUCUGGUUCGAAGCUACAAGUAAACAAGGCAUUCCCGUGAGAUGGGUCGAGGAUAUUGCACUGCUUCCUGGACGAGGCGAAGACGAAGGCAAACCCGCCCACGCAACCGUCCCAUUCAUCAUUGCGCAUGAAUUCUUCGACGCCCUCCCCAUCCACGCGUUUGAGUCCGUUGCUCCCAAACCCGAAGAAGCAGAGCUAGACACAAAGGCUCAGCUCCUUACCGAAGCAGAACUAGAAAGACAUCGAUCUCCCUUGGCCAGCAAACUGCCCCAAUGGCGAGAACUUCUAGUCGCGCCAACGACUCCCAACCUCACCGCCAUGCUCUCCCACGACGGCGAGAAAUCCUCAGGCCACAAAGAACCUGAUCCUGAGUUCCAGCUCACCCUCGCCAAAGCAAGCACGCCCUCGUCCCUCGUCAUCGCGGAACGACCGCGCUACCGUGCCCUCAAAUCCCAAGUCUCGUCUCGCAUUGAAGUCUCGCCCGAGUCGUCACGAUACGUCAUGGACUUUGCACGUCGUAUCGGCGGCGACUCGCAGCCAUCGUCCCCAUCCUCCAUGUCGAAAACGACUCCGGCAGGAGCAGCACUCAUAAUCGAUUACGGCCCCCUGGACACCGUGCCGGUCAACUCCCUCCGUGCAAUCCGCAAGCAUAAAGUCAUUUCACCCUUUGUCUAUGCCGGAGACGCCGAUAUCAGCGCAGACGUUGACUUCGGCGCCCUGGCCGACGCGGCAUUGGAAGCGAGCCCCGGAGUGGAAGUCCACGGGCCAGUCGAGCAGGGCAUGUGGCUGACGCAGCUCGGCAUCAAGGAGAGAGCCGAGAGACUGAUGAAAGAGUUGGCGGCCCAGAAGAGUGAAAGCGCGGACAGUCAGGAGAUCGAGAAGAGAAAGACAGACCUGGAAACCGGGUGGAAGAGACUCGUCGAAGGCGGGCCCAAGGGGAUGGGCAAGGCGUAUAAAGUCAUGGCCAUCGUGCCCGAGAACGGCGGCAAGAGAAGACCAGUCGGGUUUGGGGGCCACGUCGUCGGAUAG